AAAACACGCCGGUCCCGUGCGCAUCGCCUUCUCCCUGCGCGCGCGAUCGUCCUCUGCCGACCAUCAAUACCGGUGAAUUUUACCAGGAAAGCAUGUACAACUUGCCCUCCAAUCGAUCCAACGAGCGGUAACACUGAGUCAGAGGCUUAUCUGUUGCCUACCAUGAGCUCACUCAAGGACAUCAUGUCAAUAAUCGACCCAAGCGCGAAAUCCACGGCAAGCGCACCCAAGCAAGCUGCGCUCGGCGUUACCCCUAAGCCAGCGCCGCGACCGGUUGGAGGGGCAAAUGGCGCAACCCAAGCACCGCAGCUGAAGCGAAAGGCAUCCAGCCCCGCUGAGAACGGGCAAGCAAAGAUGCAGAGGAAAGAGGCGGUUGGUGGACCAGCUCAGGCAAACGGUGCAGUUCGUGCCACGUCGAAACCUGCCUCAUCCGCACCGACCACCUCUGUCCCCUAUCGUGGAACCGCCGCGCCUGCAUCCUCAAAAGCAGCAAACCCGCCUGUCCGAAAGCCGCUGCAGUCGUCCAGCGCUCCCGCUGCCGCGCCCAAGGCUCCAGCACCCGCGCCCAAGGCUGCCCCGGCAGCCACCGGCUCCGCCGCCGCCGCUUCAAGUGCCGCACCUAAGAAAGGUUAUCUGGCUAUGCUUCAGAAGGCGAAAGAGAAGGACGCAAGCAAGCCCGUCGCUCCACCAAUCAAGCAUGAGCCCACGAAGAUCCUGACACGAAAGGAGCGGCUGGCGCUCAAAGCAGAAGCAGGCGUCAAAGGCAAGAAGCCCGUCGCCGGCCUGCCGUCGAAGCCGGUGGAUCCGAAAGUGGACCCGUCGAAAGAGAAGAAGAAGGUCGACGUGGGUUACCAAGGCACCGCACGACCGGCCAAGAAGCCCGUUGAAGUUGGCUACAAAGGUACUGCACGUCCUACAAGUGUGCCUGCAACAUCAAGUCGCAACGGCGUGCCAGCUGCUAAGCCAAAACCUAACCCCACCAAGGGACGCUACGAUGGAUACGCAGACUGGGACGACCUCGAUGCCAUGGAAGACGAAGAAGACGACUACGAAUCUGAUGCCUCUUCCGACAUGGAGGGAGGCAUAUGGGAUGUCGAAGAGGAAGAGCAACUGGCACUCAAGGCUGCUAAGAAGGAGGAUGCCGAAGCUCUAGCGGAAGAGAACCGACUCAAGAGGGAGAAAGAAGAGCGAAAGAAGAAGUUGGCAGCAAUGGCAGCCAAGGCAAAGAAGAGAUAUUGAGAAUCUUUGGCGUUACGGUUUACGAUUACACGGCAUGGGGGCGUUUCACCUGCAUAGUUGCGGUUGCAUAGCCAUGGAGCGGAUUCAUCUUUUACCAUGGCGUACUCACGAUUGUUACAUACCCCACACAACGAUCCUGUCUUCCUAGUGCGUGGCUUAUAGAAGGAGGCUACAAUAGUUUAUUUUUUGCAAGCGGUAACUUGGUAAUGCUACCUGCAGUUUUCAAUUCGAUAUUGCGUUCCUUCGGCGAUCGUUUCCAGUGUUCGUAACUACUGUUUACAUGGCUAUCUCUUGUUUUCCGGCUCAUGGGCGUCAAUAGACUCAAACAAU